AUGAUGGGAGCGAUCGUAGUGCCGCGUUCCGUCGACUCAUCCGACAGGUCUAAUUUAAUGCGCGCAUUUAUUAUUGGUAAUGGAAUUAACUGCGCCCGAUUAUCAUAUGAUUUGAUGGACGCGCUAUCUUCCGAUCGCUUCUACGUGCCGCCCACUGCACUUAAAAAAACCGACUCGGCCUCCACGGCGUGGUCAUUACGACUAAUUAUUGUUAUCUUUAUGGUAGCAAUCGGCCUGCCUUGUUCAUUUAGUGCCAUCUUUCGA